CAUAAAGUGCAAACGCAAAGUUAAUAUCCUUAAUUCUUUAAAAAGGCGUUGCACCUUUUAACGGAGAAACUAAACUAGUAGUAACAAAAUAAAAGCCCACAUAAACAACACGCACUUGUAACGCAACAUAUGGCGUCGUUUCUGUCAAGCACUCUUUCCAGUCUAUCUCUACUAAGACUGAGACACGCUCCUCUUGUAAUCUGUCUCUCUCCACUACUAUAGCCAAUUUCUUCACUCACAACCGUCAUUUUUAUUUCUCGACCUUCUACUUCUUCUUCCCUCAAAUGGCAAUGUCUAUUCAUAUUAUUUUUGUUUUCUCCGUUUAUUAUUAUGCUGCUUUCUUAAGCUUUGCUUUAUCCCACGCCGUUCCAUUGUCGGAGAUCCAGGCUUUGACGUCUUUCAAGCUCGGUCUCCGUGAUCCCCUCGGUGCAUUGGAUGGCUGGGAUGUUUCUACGCCGUCAGCUCCCUGUGACUGGCGCGGCAUUGUCUGUUAUGGUAACCGAGUCCGUGAGCUCCGUUUGCCUCGGCUUCAACUCAGUGGAGCAAUCAGUAACCAGUUUGCUAACUUGCGCCAGUUGCGCAAGUUAAGUUUACAUUCUAACAACUUCAAUGGCUCUAUUCCAACUUCUCUCUCUCAAUGUUCUCUCUUACGCGCCCUAUACUUGCAAGACAACGCACUCUCCGGCGGGCUUCCGUCGGCGAUUAUUAACCUUUCUAAUCUUCAAGUCCUUAAUGUAGCUCACAACUUCCUUAGCGGGAAAUUCCCUGGGGAUAUAUCACUUUCUCUCAGAUACUUGGACUUGUCGUCAAAUGCCUUCUACGGAGGAAUAUCGGCCAACUUUUCUACAGAAUCUCAGCUUCAACUCAUUAAUCUAUCGUAUAAUAAAUUCUCCGGCGGAGUUCCGGCCAGCAUUGGUCAACUUCAAGAACUGGAGUAUUUAUGGCUAGACUCCAAUCAACUGUACGGUACACUGCCAUCGGCGAUAGCCAACUGUUCUUCGCUUAUACACCUGAGCGCUGAAGACAAUGCGCUUAGAGGUUUGAUUCCAGCAACCAUUGGUUCAAUUCCGAAACUUGAAGUCCUUUCUUUAUCACGAAAUGAACUCUCCGGUUCAAUUCCUGCUAGUAUCUUCUGUAAUGUUUUGAGUAACUUUUCUUCGCUGAGGAUUGUGCAGCUGGGGUUUAAUGCAUUCACGGGUAUUGUUAAGCCGCCAAAAGGAGGAGGGUGUGUUAGUGUUUUGGAGGUCUUAGACAUUCACGAGAAUCACAUAAAUGGUAUUUUUCCUUCUUGGUUGACUAAUAUGACGGCGCUUAGAGUGAUUGAUCUUUCUGGAAACUCCUUUUCUGGUGCUUUACCGGCUGGUAUUGGAAAUCUUGUGAGGUUAGAGGAGCUAAGAGUUGCUAAUAAUUCAUUAACUGGUAAUAUUCCUUCCCAGAUUGUAAAAUGCAGUUCCUUACAAGUUGUUGAUCUAGAAGGGAAUAGGUUUUUGGGUGAUAUUCCUAUUUUCUUGAGUCAACUAAGGAACUUGAAAUCAUUAUCUUUAGGAGGGAACCUCUAUUCUGGUUCGAUUCCAUCAAGUCUUGGAGGUCUUUCCCAGCUUGUAACUCUGAAAGUAAACAACAAUAAUCUCACGGGAAAUGUACCACAGAAUUUAUUGAAGCUAAGUAAUUUGAGCACUUUGAAUCUUGGUUACAACAAAUUUUCUGGAGAGAUUCCUUACAAUAUAGGGGACUUGAAAGGAUUGCUGGUUUUGAAUUUGAGUGCUUGUGGAUUUUCCGGGAGGAUUCCUUUGAGUAUUGGGAAUUUGUUGAAACUCACUAGUUUGGAUUUAAGUAAGCAGAAUUUGUCUGGCGAGUUACCACUUGAGUUUUUUGGGUUGCCAAGUCUGAAGGUUGUUGCUUUGGAAGAGAACAAGUUAUCUGGAGAUGUUCCUGAAGGUUUUAGCAGCUUAGUUAGUCUACAGUAUCUCAAUCUCACCAGCAAUUCUUUCACCGGUGUAAUUCCAGCAACUUAUGGAUUUCUAAGUUCAUUAGUUGUCCUCUCACUAUCUCAUAAUAAAAUUUCUGGUGGAAUUCCAGCAGAGCUUAGUAAUUGUUCUAGCCUUGAAGUUCUUGAACUUCGUUCGAAUCAUUUGAAGGGCAGCAUUCCAGGUGAUAUCUCUCGUUUAUCGCAUUUGAAGAAGCUUGAUUUGGGCCAAAAUAAUAUAACUGGCGAAAUCCCAGAGGAGAUUUACAGAUGCAGCGCUCUAAUUUCUCUGCUUUUGGAUGCUAAUCACUUUUCAGGCCAUAUAACAGAAUCCUUGUCCAGGUUAUCAAAUUUAACAGUCUUAAAUCUUUCUUCCAACAGCUUUAGUGGGGCCAUUCCAGCAAACCUUUCUAAAAUCUCUAGCCUGAAAUAUUUAAAUUUAUCAAAUAACAAUCUUGAGGGAGAGAUUCCAAAAUCACUCGCCUCUAGAUUCAAUGACCCUUCUGUGUUUUCUAUGAAUGUCAAAUUAUGUGGAAAGCCACUGGGUAGAGAAUGUGCCGAAGUAAGGAACAGAAAAAGGAAGAAAAUGUUUCUAGUCAUUGGUUUAGCUGUAGCUGGCGCUUUCAUUUCAUUGUUUUGUUGCUGUGGCUAUAUUUUCAGCCUCUUGCGCUGGCGCAAGAGGCUUAGAGAAGGGGUAACUGGUGAAAAGAAGCGUAGCCCAGCCAGGGCGAGCUCAGGAGGGGACAGGAGUCGUGGAAGUGGAGAAAAUGGAGGGCCAAGACUAGUCAUGUUCAAUAACAAGAUAACAUAUGCAGAGACAUUGGAAGCAACAAGGCAAUUUGAUGAGGAAAAUGUGUUAAGCAGAGGAAGAUAUGGACUUGUAUUCAAGGCCACUUAUCAAGAUGGAAUGGUUCUGUCAAUCCGUCGCCUUCCGGAUGGAUCAAUAGAUGAAGGCAUCUUUCGUAAAGAAGCAGAAUCAUUAGGGAAGGUCAAGCAUAGAAAUCUAACAGUUUUACGUGGAUACUAUGCAGGACCACCUGACGUUAGAUUGCUUGUUUAUGAUUAUAUGCCUAAUGGAAAUUUGGCUACUCUUCUUCAAGAAGCUUCGCACCAAGAUGGGCAUGUUCUAAACUGGCCAAUGCGUCAUUUAAUAGCUUUAGGUAUUGCUCGGGGCCUAGCUUUCUUGCAUUCAGUCACAAUAGUCCAUGGUGAUGUGAAGCCACAAAAUGUUCUUUUUGAUGCCGAUUUUGAAGCACAUUUAUCCGAAUUCGGGCUUGACAAAUUAACCAUAGCUACACCAGCAGAAGCUUCCUCAUCUUCCACCCCAAUUGGUUCAUUAGGUUAUGUAUCACCAGAAGCAGCAUUAACAAGACAACCCACUAAAGAAGCUGACGUGUACAGUUACGGUAUUGUAUUGUUAGAGAUUUUAACUGGAAGGAAACCAGUCAUGUUUACUCAAGAUGAAGAUAUUGUAAAGUGGGUUAAAAAGCAAUUACAAAGAGGCCAAAUUUCAGAAUUACUUGAACCUGGUUUGCUUGAGCUAGACCCUGAGUCAUCAGAAUGGGAAGAGUUUUUAUUAGGAGUUAAAGUUGGGCUUCUUUGCACAGCACCUGAUCCACUUGAUAGACCAUCAAUGGCUGAUAUUGUUUUCAUGCUUGAAGGGUGUAGGGUUGGACCAGAUAUUCCCUCUUCAGCUGAUCCCACCACACUGCCUUCUCCAGUUUGAACUCUUAUUUUUUAGUAUUUGAAACAGAGUUUUUCCCAAAAACAAGUAUCAUUCUUGAUCAUUAUUUUCUUCCAAGAUUUGUUUAAUAUGUUUCAUCAUUAUCGUCAUCAUUCCAAGAUUAAUCCUUUUUCUCUUCUGUAUGGUGGGUGUCUUAUUUAUUAAUUAAUUAUUAAUGAUUUGUUUAGCUCUU